AUGAAGCUACUAAAACCAUUAUGGUUGACUGGAAGGAGAAAUGUAAGCACUUGGUCACCGCUUGCUACAGCUUUCAAUACUAGACCUACAUCCAGACCAAUUUUUGAUUCUCUCAGAGAAAGAACCGGACUUUUUAAGAAACCAGAGCUCACAAGCUUUGAAGGUUUCUACACACUUAAGGAUCAAGCCAUUGCAGCAACAGAUAGAUUAAUAGAAGAAGCAACCUCAAACCCAACAAGGCCUAUGGUGGAUGUUUUUGAUGAACUAUCAGAUACAUUAUGUCAAGUGGCAGAUUUGGCAGAAUUUGUUCGUAUUGCACAUCCACAGCCACACUUUGCGAGUGCUGCCGAGGAGGCCUGUAUCAGUGUUAGUGGAGUAGUAGAGAAAUUGAAUACUCACAAAGGUUUAUACAACGCGUUACGCGAGUCCGUCGAGCGAGGUACGUGUGGGGACCGGCACCUGGCCGAGCUGUUCCUGUUCGACUUCGAGCAGAGCGGCAUCCACCUGCCGGACGGGCCGCGCCAGCAGGUGGUGGCGCUCAACGACCUCAUCCUGCAGACCGGCCAGCAGUUCAUGGCCGGCGCCGCCAAGCCCAGGAGGGUCCCUCGCUCCGCGGUGCCACAGAAUGUAAGGCAAUUCUUCAGCAGCGACGGCGACAGCGUGGUGGUGAGCGGCGUGUACGCGGAGUGCGGCGAGGCGGGCGCGCGCGAGGCCGCCUACCGCCUGUACCUGGCGCCCGACCCCGCGCAGGAGGCGCUGCUGGCCACGGCGCUGCGCGCGCGCCGCCGCCUCGCCAACCUCUGCGGCUUCGACUGCUACGCUGAUAGGGCAAUCAAAGCGAGCACUAUGGAGACGUCGGCCAACGUGCGCCAGUUCCUGGACAUCCUGUCCGACAACCUGCACGACCGCGCCAACAUCGACUUCGAGGCUAUGGCCGAUAUGAAGAAGAAGGAGAAUACAUAUCAGAAAGAUCUAAUGUGCUGGGACACGCCGUACUACACGCACCAAGCCAAGGUGCAGCUGCUGGGCGGCGCGGCGGCCGAGUUCAGCCCGUACUUCUCCCUCGGCGCCUGCAUGGAGGGCCUCAACAUGCUGUGCCAGGAGCUGUACGACAUCACGCUGCAGCCGGAGGAGAUGCUGCCAGGCGAAUCCUGGUCACCGGACGUGUACAAGCUGCGGGUGGAGCACGCGGAGGAGGGCACGCUGGGCUGGGUGUACUGCGACCUGUACGCGCGCGCCGGCAAGCCGCACCAGGACUGCCACUUCACGGUGCGCGGCGGCCGCCAGCUGCCCGCCGGCUACCAGCAGCCCGUGGUGGUGGUGUUGCUGUCGCUGGGCGGCGGCCACCGCGGCGGCCCGGCGCUGCUGGCGCCCGCCGCCGUCGACAACCUGUUCCACGAGAUGGGCCACGCGCUGCACUCCAUGCUGGCGCGCCCGCGCCACCAGCACGUGGCCGGCACGCGCUGCGCCACCGACCUCGCCGAGCUGCCCUCCGUGCUCAUGGAGCACUUCGCAGCCUGCCCGGAGGUGGUGCGCCGCUUCGCGCGGCACUUCCAGACGGGCGCGCCGAUGCCGGAGCACAUGCUGCAGCGCCUCUGCGCCUCCAAGCAUCUGUUCGGUGCCAGCGAGAUGCAGCUGCAGGUGUUUUACUCGGCGCUGGACCAGCAGUACCACGGCGCGGAGGGCGCGGACUGCGCCGACACCACGGAGGUGCUGCGGCGCGCGCAGAAGCAGUACUACGGCCUGCCCUACGUCGACAACACGGCAUGGCAGCACCGCUUCAGCCACCUGGUGGGCUACGGCGCCAAGUACUACUCGUACCUGAUCUCGCGCGCGCUGGCGUGGGCCGCCUGGCGCCGGCACUUCGCCGCGCGCCCGCUGGCCGCCGUCGCCGGCGCCGCCACGCGCCACCGCCUGCUCCGGCACGGCGGCUCCGUGCCCCCACAGAUCUUGCUACGCGACUACCUGGACACCGAGAUCACACCGCAAACCCUCGCAAUGGCGCUCACCGAGGAACUGGACUACCACAAGGACCACCUCGACACAGUGUUCAAAUUGGCCAACAAA